AUGACUGCAAAUGAAUCACCCCCUGGGUUGGUCACCUAUUAUGUCGAACGGGACCCCUUUCUGAUGCUGUACGACACCGGCUGUGGAAUGACCCUCGUUGACUGGGAAAUACUCUCAACAAAAGUUGAAAGCAAGUUCGACUCGAUGUCUGCCUCCCAGAUAAUGGGAUCUUCCAUGCUGCUAUUGAUGACUACCACAAGUUAUACGCCUCUUGGCCGAAGGACUUCAACAGCGCUGGUGUCGUUAAGUACACAAGACCACCCCGAGGGCCACCUGUUGUUGUCCUUGACAAUGUUCUCUGAAUCCAGAUUUAUGGGCGGUUAUGACGCUCUCGCUGACUACCACUUCGCCUUGGACGCCCGCAUUAUCAGUUCGUGGCUUUUGAACAGAAAGGCAUGGCCAUGGUCUAACAAAGGCAACAAAGACUACUCUUUAUGGCUUUGCCAAAUGAUGCCAUCAUGCCUUCUCGGGCGAUUAUGGAUACUGCCGUUGUCUAAGGCUAGAAAGGUUGUCUACGAAGCGGCAGCAACGGUUUAA